AAUUUUUUUAUGGGUAGGUUAUCAUUUGUCCCAAAUGGGGAUUUUUUGACAUGAAUAUAUCAUACAUUCUAUAGUUCAAUACCAUUCUUGUUUUCUUCCAAGACCGUAUUACCAAAACUAAAACUUUUGAAGUCAUAUCUAUUAGACGUGUUUAGUUUGGAUUAGCUAAACAUAAUAAAAAACAGCUUUCCCAUGGAUCUAGUGACCAAAAUAUAUUUUUGGUUGUCAAAAAGAGAACUUUAUAGUAAACCAAGAUACAUUCUGGUCACCAGAUUCACCUCAAAAUUGUUCGUUGUAGUACUCCAAAAUGCAUUCUGGUCAUCAGAUUCAUGGGAAAACUGUUUUUAUUAUGUUUAGCUAAUCCAAACUAGACACCUCUAAUAGAUAUGACUUCAGAAGUUUUAGUUUUGAUAAUAUGGUCUUGGAAGAGAAAAAGAAUGGUAUUGAACUACAGAUCGUAUGAUAUAUUUCAUGUCGAGAGUGUGGGUCAAAUAUCAAUAGAAACCCAAAUCUUUUUAGAGAUUUUAUUAGAACAUUAUAUAGUAUCUAUAGACAAACAAUCAUUGCAAUCGCAACAGGCCAGAUGAAAAGACUCUAUCGCUCGUGCAUUACUUUGUAUUAUUUUUUAAACUUAUACUGUAACGUACAGAGUGAGUUUACUUUUUACUUAUCGAGUGUUUAUUGUACUUUUGCUUAAGUAAAUUUUAUCAAAAUACACUUUCGAAAUAAAAUUAAUGUACUUGUCUAACGUCUGCAAAAUUUAUUAUUCAAAUAUAUGAAAACUUUGCUUAGUUAUUAUUAUAUAUGAACAUUCAUAUCUCAUCAUGAAGUUUUCUAUUUAUAGAGAAUGUCUUGGAAAAUUCGGUGAUAUACUUGGUAAAGAAGUAUGGGAUGCAAUUAAUGGAGUUUUUGAUGUAUUACCACUUGCUGCAGUAAUUGAUGAUAAAAUUCUCUGUUUGCAUGGUGGUAUUCCAAGUCCUACAUCAUGUCCAGGUGAUUUUAUUUCCACUGUUAAUGAUAUCAUUGUACCAUUGAGUGAUCCAGAAAAUGAAUCACCUUUGGCAUGGGAAAUUAUGUGGAAUGAUCCAUUUUCAAUUGAUACAAAUACUGUUGCUCAACUACCCAUUGGUGCUAAUGGUGGAUUUUUUAAUAAUACACGAAGAAGUACUGGAAAUUAUUUUACAUGUGAAGCACUUAUGACCUUUCUUGAUAAGAAUAAUUUUUCACAUGUUGUACGUGCUCAUGAAGUACAACAAGUUGGCUUCAAGGUAUGUCAAAUUUCUUGA